CGUGGGCAGCAAGUUCCUCGAGAAGAGAUACCUCGACUUCACCCUGCGUGGCAGCACGUGGUACUACAAGGACAGGCUGGGGCGCACCCGAGGUCCCUGUGAGGUGAUCAACCUGCGCACAGCGUGGGCGGCGGGGAUCAUCGACGGCAACACCUUUGUGUGGGGCGACGACAUGGACGAGUUUGCACCGAUUGACGCAGUGUACGGGCUCAAGCAAGCGAUCGAUACUCCUGAUGUCCGCCUGGCCCACAGCAGGAACAGCCAUGCUGCACCGCAUCGGGCGGGGCAUGAACCCUCUCAAAGUCAAAAAGGGCUUUGAGGGGGCAAAGAGAUCCCUCGAGGAGCGGCAGGAGGAGGCAGUGGCGGAGAAGGAGGUUGAGCGCACCGUGCUGCGCAACCACGGGGGCGCGUGGCCGGGCAACCAGGCACCCGCGCACGCGCUCUUCCUGUGGGCCAGUGGUGGAGAGCUCACUAAAGUGCUCGACCAGAAGCCCAAGAGGUUUCCCAGCAAGUUCAUCUCCUACGAGCAGAGGAAGAAGCUGGCGCAGCGCAUCCCUGGCCUGCGCCCGUGGGAGGUGCUGGAGGUGGAGCAGCUCUUCAACUUCCUCACCUUCCGCGACGACUUCUGGCGCAGCAAGCUUGGCACCUUUGCCACUCCCCCCGAGAAUUCCGAGGCUUAUGAUGAGGAGAUGAUGGAGGAAUGGGGAGAGAUUAAGGAUGCCCUAUCAGGGGCUUUUCCUGAGCUGACCAGGUGAUGAUGCAUGCAUGCUAUCUGAUGGACAACCUCUGUAUUUGGGCCUUGGAAGGUACUAAAACUAGUCAUACAGGGGUUGAUCAGUGCCCAUACGUGUUUUUCCUUGAUAUAAUGGUAUUACUGUGGAAUCAUGGUUGGUUUUUCUUUAUUCAACAAGGCUGUUUUUGGGAAGGUGGACUAGCAAGGUGCAUAACACAUGAUUGGCGCCAUUUGUAUUCUUGCUGUGGAAGU